UCACUAUUUACCACAGUCCAAAGUCAUAAACCCCGCCUAUUUCUACACUUUCUCUUCUUAAAAUGUGAUUUUAAACCUAACCACACUGCUAACCUUAUGCCUAAUCUAUCCCUAAAUUAAUUUUAAAAAGGGGAUUUUUGUUUUUAUGCAUUUUUACGAUUUAGAAUUUGUGGCUGAGUGGAAACCAAGUGCACGGAAUGUGCAGAAGUAUUGCUGUUUGCGAGAAUCUAUAUAUUUCCUUCAAAUUCGCUUAUGGGAACAUUCAUUAACUACUACUGGAAACAUUCCUCCUCAGGUACUAUGCAUUCAGAGAGGGUUAUAUUGGAAUUAGUUCGCUUUGCGCUUUCCACUUCCUUUCACCAUGCACAGUGGAAGGUCAUCACGGAUGAAAAAUCGACGAGAAGCUUAUCAUAACAUGUUUUCUUAUCAUGUGCUACCAUUAUUUGUAAAGAGAAGUUGCUUUUACGUUAUUUUCCUUUGUAGCCUAUGAAAUCAUGGUUUGCAUAGGUUAUACAUGUAUCAUGUUAAAGAUGACAUGCGUAUUCCUCCCACUUUGCACUUAACGUAAUAAGCAGUAUCUCAAACUUUUUGUAUAAUUCUUACAACACAUUUCAGCCAUAUUUGAAUAGCAUUAGCUACUCACUCAGAUUUCACAGUUUUGUUAUUAUUGAUUACCCCAACGAAAGUAUUUUAGAUGCAUUUUGAAUAGGCCUUUUUGUCUACCUCUCAUUUCAGGUUUGAGCAUGUUUCAGGCAUGGCAAGGUAUUAGGUCACUCACCAACUCAAUUCGACUGUAUCCAGUGCAAAGACUAGUGUGUGUAAAGGCCACCACCACUAGAAUGUGCUCAGGUAAGACAUCCAGAUGACACCACUUCCACUUUCAUCUCAGUUCUAACAGAACAGACAUCGAGUUUCAUAUGGUGAUCACCCGAAUCUGCAAUCCAAUCAAUGAGAAAACAAGCAAUAGACAUUUAUCUUUUCAGCAAAUGGCAGUUUACUAUUUUGAGGACCCAGGUCAAUCAUUAGUUUAGGAAGUUGAUUCCAUCACCUAGCUGUAUGAGAAUAUGUAACCCAUUACCUAAUUUCAGCUACAGUAGUAUCUCUCGCUUGCCAGACUUUAAAUCUCACAUUGACUCAGCAUAUAAAUCUGUCUGGCCAGUGUCACUACAGGAGCCUGACAUCAAACCUCCUCCAUUCUAAGGCUAAGCAUUUGGAGGAGGUGUCUGGUCAACGAGAUUAGCUUACAUCUGAUAACCCAUUGACAAUUUAACCAAUAUAGCACACCCUCUAGUAGACAGCAGUGAGGUGAGAGCAGGGUGAGAGGCUACAGCAACAGUAGCUGCGCCAGGUCAGUAGAGAUGUCUAAGUGUCAGUCUGUUAUGAGCCCUAGUGCGCUAAGGGCUCUGAUCUGUAAGAAAACCCAUGGUAUAGAGAACACUUCUGGACUCGCUGCAGGUAGGUACACCAUAUAGCAUAUUACACUACUCUCAGUGGUGUGAAGUACUUAAGUAAAAAUACUUUAAAGUUCUACUUAAGUCGUUUUUUGGGGUAUCUGUACUUUACUUUACUUUACUAUUUAUAUUUUUGACAACUUUUAGUUUUACUUCACUACAUUCCUAAAGAUAAGAUUGUACUUUUUACUCCAUACAUUUUCCCUGAUACCCAAAAGUACUCGUUACAUUUUGAAAGCUUAGCAGAACAGGAAAAUUGUGAAAUUCACGUACUUAUCAAGAGAACAUGUGGUCAUCCCUACUGCCUUUCUGGUGGACUCACUAAAUACAAAUGCAUCUUUUGUAAAUAAGUUGGUGACCUUGGCUAUCCAUACAUUUUAAAAACAAGAAAAUGGUGCCGUCUGGUUUGAUUAAUAUAAGGAAUUUGAAAUGAUUUAUGCUUUUACUUUUGAUACUUAAGUAUAUUUGAGCAAUUAAAUGUACUUUUGAUACUUCAGUUUAUUUAAAACCAAAUACUUCUAGACUUUUACUCAAAUACUAUUUUACUGGGUGACUUUCACUUUUACUUGAGUAACUUUCUAUUAAGGUAUCUAUACUUUUACUCAAGUAUGACAAUUGGAUACUUUUUCCACCACUGACUACACUAUAACUUAUUAUAAACUGGGUGGUUCGAGCCCUGAAUGCUGAUUGGCUGACAGCCAUAGUAUAUCAGACCGUAUACCACGGGUAUGACAAAACAAUUAUUGAUACUGCUCUAAUUACAUUGGUAACCAGUUUAUAAAACAAUAAGGCACCUCUGGGGGUUUGUGGUAUAUGGCCAAUAUACCACGGCUAAGGGCUGUAUCCAGGCACUCCGUGUUGCGUCACGUCUAAGAACAGCCCUUAACCGUGGUAUAUUGGCCAUAUACCACACCCCCUCGUGCAUUAUUGCUUAAAUAACACAAUAAUACUGCUUGAAAAUCACCCAGCAGUUGGAAUCUUUGAUGUAAUGGUUAAUUAUUGAAUGCAACCCCAUGCACUGAAGGAGCUCAAACAUUGAAUGCACUGAACAAGCUCAAACAUUUAACGUCAUCACUUUCUCUCUCCCAGUCUUUAUAGAGGCACACGUCUGAAUCAAACAAUGCAAGACAAUUCAGUGUCCAAUCUGACUCAAUAUUCUGUUUCCCUGCGUCUGGUUGACAGGCUACCAGCAGGCUAAUGUGGUGAUCCUCCAUAAGAGCCUAGCUGAUGACUUCGAGGCAUUCUGCCAUGCCAACCCCAGCCCCCUGCCUCUGCUUUACAGGAGUCAGCCCGGGGAGUGGGGCUGUCCACCUCUCGCUGCAGACGCAGACAUCAGGUACUAACUGAAACACCCCUAUAACACAAAAUCAGACAACCAUUACAAUGCAAAUGCAACAAUAUAACAUGGACACUACAAAAUACAUGAUACAAACAAACACAUCACACAAUAAGCCUACAGAGACUGAACUGUCUUGAAUUGGUUAUAUGUCAUGUUAUUAUGGGGGGUAUUCCUGAAUUUUACAUUUUAGUCAUGUAGCAGACACUCUUAUCCAGAGCGACUUACAGUUAGUGAGUGCAUACAUUUUCAUACUGGCCCCCCGUGGGAAUCGAACCCACAACCCUGGCGUUGCAAACGCCAUGCUCUACCAACUGAGCUACACAGCUACACAGAAUCUAGGGAGGCAUUCAUGUGAUGUUAACUCAAGAGAGUGUUAUGUAACUUUGAUGGUGAUUUUUAUGUCUUGAAACAAUCCCUUGUCUACCCAUGUGAGGUUAUUGUAUGUGCAGAGAAGAUGUCUUCUCUGAGUCGUAUAAUGUGCAUGACUUAUGCUCUGCUUGGAGCAUUUAAAAUGGUCAAUUAUUGAACAGCCUCUGUUCAGAAUAUAGCAGUUCAGGCAGGGCAACAUCUACUCUCUGAGUAGCCGUGUAGAUUUAACGCUUGAGGAUAAUCUCUGUCUUGUAUUCAUGUAAUUAUUUCCAGGACAUGACCCUGCAUUUAUGGCACAUUUUGUAACCAUGAAAUCUACCCAUUCCCCUUCCCCCAUUGUUUUCCAACUUUUCACACUGCAGUAAAGCUAGUAUUGUUGUCUGUGUGUGCAGAGACUUUCAAUAAAUCCAGGCUGCAUUGUGUGAAUGUAGGCUCUAGUCCAUGUUCUCAGGACAGGGAACUGGACCAGGGUAUUUUCCACUGAGUUUCCACUUCCUAUUCACUAGACUGUGAGAUAACUGUUUCUGUUUGAUCAACAGUAAUAGCAUUCAAACAGCAUCUCCAGUCUAUUCCUAGCUCUGUCGCUCUGUCUGUCUCUCUGUCUCUCUGUCUGUCAAGGACCCAAAGUUGCUUUACAAUGAUAGAGCAAAAACAAGAAGUAGUACAAUAUCAAAAGCAUUUCUAUACCUUUACUUCUCCACAGAGUGGACUGCCCCCAGUACUGUGUGUUUAAGGACGGCCUGCUGGUGUCCAGAGUGUCCAGCCUGAUGUCCUACAGUGGUCAGCUCCAGGACAUGGUCAGCUUCUACCUGGGCUGUAGCUUCAGCUUUGAGAGGACACUGCGGGAGGCCGGGGUCCCUGUCCGAAAUGUGGAGCAGAACUGCAAUGUCAGCAUGUUCAGGGUGAGACGGGGAAGGAGGGUUUCUGCCAGGUACAAAUCUGGAGCGACUGACUGUGCAAACAGAUCAGAAUAUAGUUAUUUUCCUCCAAGAAGGACUUUCUUUUUCACAGGCUCGUAAUUACCAUAUUAUUUCUGAUUUGGAGACAAACUUAUAUGCAUAGUUCAAGAGACAAGACUUACAACAUACACAAUGAGUAAAGCACAUCAUUUAAAGCCUGUAUUUUAAUAUACUAUCCCCUCUGCAGACAUCUCUGCAGUGUAGAGGAGUGGGUCAGUUCCAGUGCCCUAUGGUGGUGACUAUGAGACCAGUACCUGAGGAGCAGCUGGACAUCGUGGUCCAGGUCACUCACCUGACCCCUCUGGCCCAUGGAGGACCCAUCCACAUCGGGGAUCCAGGUACACAACUGCAGACGGGUCCUUUGUUUGUAGAAAACCAAAAGGCCUCUUCCAGCAAUUUACAUCCUGUCUGACUCUGCACCAUUUCAUCACAGCUGUACUGGGGAUCCAGGACGUAUCCAGGCCGGAGUAUGGGGACCCGGUGGCCCCUGGCCCAGGAGAUGUACCUGCGUUCUGGGCCUGUGGGGUCACUGGUAUGGAGGCUGUCCAGAGUUGCAGUGAGUGGCUGUCUGGUUGUAAUAUUUAUUACUGCACAACUGGCUAAAAAGACACAUAGGCGUUUGUUUCCCAUUGACAAUGGACAAUAAAGUAUUCUUCUUCUUCCUCAGAGCCCCCACUGGCAUUCACCCACUCUCCAGGCUGCAUGUUCCUCACUGACCGAGAGGACUCCUCCAUCUCUGCGUCCACAUCCACCCCUGAGCCUGACCAAUGCCCUCUGACUUUCUCCAUCUCCCAGCAGCCUUUGCACUACAGUGUGGCAUCCAAGGCUGUAGUCCAGAGCAUACGAGACCUGGAGAAGAUCAUUGGCGAGGACCCAGGGGAGAGGGGUAUCCGUGCGUUGUUUGUCCAGGAUGAGUUGCUGAGGUCCUGCCUGUCCCUCUCCCACUCCUCCUCUGUGCUCAUCACUACGGGGUUCCCCACCCACUACACACACAACCCCCCCGAGGAGACAGACGGGCCCCCCGGAGCCUUCGCCAUAGCAGCCACCCUCCAGGCCCUUCAGAAGGAGGUUGCUAUAGUGACGGAUCACCGCGCCCUGGAGAUGAAUCAGAGGAUUAUGGAGGAUGCAGUGAAGAAAGGUUCAUGAUUUGGCAUAUGUGUGCCCUAGCCCUGACCCUAUACAGAAGUCUGUCAGUUUAGCUCCAAAUGUUUGGCUGACCUCUAACAUCUGACCUGUCUGUGUUUCUAGGUGUGAUAAAGACAGCCGUACCACUGCUCAGUUACCAAGGCAACAGCCCAGACUCAGCACUGCACUUCCUGUGUCAUGACGGAGACCUUAAAAAGCCCAGGUGAUGACCUCAGCUUUCAACACACACACACACACACACACACCUUUUCACUCCAUCCUAUUCACAUGGGUCAAUUUAGUAUUUAGUCUGUUGUGCUCAGAUUUGACCACUUGGUGGCGAUAGAGCGCAGUGGCAGAGCGUCUGAUGGGAACUACUACAACAUGAGAGGAGUGAACAUCAAACACCUGGUGGACCCUAUAGAUGAUCUAUUCACCACAGCCAGCACCAUCCCUGGCAUCAGCACCACAGGUUGGUACAGAUACUAUGGAGUUUGAUAUUCAGGUAGGCUACUGAAAGGUCCACCCGCUAUGCACACAGAUCUUUAGAAUAAUAUGCACGUCUCAAUAUAGACUUACGUGUGUUUGUGUGUGUAUAGGGAUAGGAGAUGGUGGGAACGAGCUGGGCAUGGGCAAGGUGAAGGAGGCAGUGAGAGAACACAUGCCCAAUGGGAGCCUGAUAGCCUGUGACGUGGCUGCUGACUUCGCCAUUACUGCAGGUUGGGAAUGAAUUAUGUAUUCAUUUAGACUUUAUUUAUUUACAUUUCAAGUUGCCUUUAGUGACCAUCCUUACAGGAUUAAUUACUAUAUUAUAUUAAGGGUUGGGUAGGUUACUUUCUAAAUGUAAUUUGUUACUCCCCAACCCUGAUUAUAUUAUUAGAUAACACGUUUAGAUUAACAAUGAGCAGAUUGGAGAUCUCACAUUCUCCAGUGCCCUCUGCAGGCCAAGGGAUAUAACUGCAGGCAGAAGGAUGGUUGUCUCAGGUUUGAUGAAAGGGUUGUGUAUUAUGAACUUGGUUCCAUAUAGCCAGGCAGUGUGCUACUGCAGGACAGUGUCACCAACACAGACAUGCACACUGAAACAGUCAGACACGCUCUCACCUCUACAUCAAGGCCAGAGCAGAAGUAGUUUCUUGCGUCAGCUGCCCAAAGGGGAAGAUAAACUAUGAACGCAAACACAUCUACAUGCACACUGUACACACACACACACUGUAUACACCCAGCUAUAUACACCCAUAGAGUAUUCACACAGCUUUUGGUAAGUAAGAUUUCCAAUGAAUUCUUUACACACGACACUUGGAACUUGAUAUAGUGGCCCAACUUAUUAUGCUGAUUAAAGUUUACACUCACAGACAAGAGAGACAACCCACUGGGCAAAAACUGGUUGAAUCAACAUUGACUUCUUUCUUUGAAAUGAUGUGGAAACAAUGUGAUGAUGUUGAAUCAACAUGAAAAACUGAUUGGAUUUGUAGAAAGUCAUCAAUGUAAGAGUAUUUAGUAUUUUUUUCUAACCUAAAUCCAAUGACAUGGUGAAAUUGUUUGUUGAUUUCACGUUGAAGUCACGUUAGUUGAAAACUCAACCAAAUGGAAAUAAAAACUGACAUCUGCACCCAGUGUACAACCAUUUGUGUUUAUCUUUAAAAAAUCGCAUUAGAUCAUGAGACAGCAUCAUUAAGAGAGUGCAUGAGGAAGACUGAGUAAAAUGUAACUUGUAAAACAGUUUUGAAUCUUAUCCUGUUCUUCCUCUCUACCCCUGUCUCUGGGUUGUAGGAGUGUCUAACUGGGGAGGCUACGGCAUGGCCUGUGCUCUGUACAUCCUCAGUCUCUGUCCCAUCCACCAGCGGUACCUCCACAAAAGGCCUGGGCCAGCCUCACCCACCUACCCAGGACCAGCACCAGGCCUGGGCUGCUAGCCUGCCCUCUGUAGCCAAGGUAUGGUAGUUCCUAGAUCACACUGUACAAUUAAGUACAAUCAAUUUGACACAAUGGUUGUGAUACAACUGAUAUUUUUGAUGAGUUUGUCUGUACAAAAAUGUUUACACCACCGCUGUAUCAUAUGCGUUUUACAUCAGUUGAACUGGGCCAGGAAUGUAGUCAAGGUAAGAAUGUCCAUUCCCCAGGCCUGGCUCUAGGCUACACUAACUCUAUGUCUAUAUGUCUCUAGGUAUCUCUAUGCUUCACUACAUGCAGAUCUUAGGCAUGGGGUCAGAGCAGAGGCCCUCCACUGUCACAGUGAGACCAUUAUAGGGAGGUGCAGACAGAGUCCCUAGAGAAUAGGCCAGCCGCCACAUUCUUGACAUUUUUGUAUGCGUGGUGAACUCCCAGACCACUUCAGAACCCCAGCAAAGCCAAUGUGUCAUUAACAUGGCUAGCUGUAAAGGGAGGAGGCCGGGAUGGGGGCCAGCACAGUUUGCCACAUUUUGAUAUAGAUAAAGCAUAUACUUUUGCAAGUCAACCUUUUAAUUUAAAACUGAUUGUUUUCAAUAGGUUUAGGAACAGAUGCCCAGUGUUGUGAGAUGUAUUCUGCACUUGACACAGAUUUAUAACUCACAACUAGCAUUUAAGCUGUCUCAUAAUGUUCUUAUUUUGACACCGCUCUAAAAUGUCUUUACAGUACAGUUUCUGUAUUACAGUACUUGGGAAGUGUCGAUGUGAUGGUUGCAGUGAGACGAGCAGUGUAUUGACAUACAGUGCAUUCGGAAAGUAUUCAGACCCCUUGACUUUUUCCACAUUUUGUUACGUUACAGCCUUAUUCUAACAGAUAAAAUAUAACAUUUUCCUCAUCAAUCUACACACAAUACCCCAUAAUGACAAAGUGAAUACAGGUUUUUAGAUUUUUUCUCCACAUAUAUUAAAAAUGAAAAACAGAAAUACCUUAUUUACAUAAGUAUUCAGAGCCUUUGCUAUGAGACUCUAAAUUGAGCUCAGGUGCAUCCUGUUUCCAUUGAUCAUCCUUGAGAUGUUUCUACAACUUGAUUGGAGUCCAUCUGUGGUAAAUUCAAUUGAUUGGACAAGAUUUGGAAAGGCACACACCUGUCUAUAUAAGGUCCCACAGUUGACAGUGCAUGUCAGAGAAAAGACCAAGCCAUAAGGCCAAAGGAAUUGUCCGUAGAGCUCAGAGACAGGAUUGUGUCGAGGCACAGAUCUAGGGAAGGGUACCAAAACAUUUCUGCAGCAUUGAAUGUUCCCAAGAACACAGUGGUCUCCAUCAUUCUUAAAUGGAAGAAGUUUGGAACCUGCUCCAGAGCGCUCAGGACUUCAGACUGAGGCAAAGGUUCACCUUACAAUAGGACAACGACCCUAAGCACACAGCCAAGACAACGCAGGAGUGGCUUCGGGACAAGUCUCUGAAUGUCCUUGAGUGGCCCAGCCAGACUUGAACCCGAUCUAACAACUUUGGAGAGACCUGAAAAUAGCUGUGCAGCGAUGCUCCCCUGACAGAGCUUGAAAGGAUCUGAAGAAUGGGAGAAACUCCCCAAAUACAGGUGUGCCAAGCCUGUAGCAUCAUAUACAAGAAGACUCAAGGCUGUAAUCACUGCCAAAGGUGCUUCAACAAAGUACUGAGUAAAGGGUCUGAAUACUUAUGUAAAUUGUUUUUGAUUUUUUUGUAUUUGCUAAAAUGUCAUUAUGGGUUAUUGUGUGUAGAUCGAUGAGGAUAUAUAUAUAUAUAUAUAUAUAUAUAUAUAUAUAUAUAUAUAUAUAUAUAUAUAUAUAUAUAUAUUUUUUUUUUAAAUCUAUGUUAGAAUAAGGCUGUAACGUAACAAAAUGUGGAAAAAGUCAAGCGGUCUGAAUACUUUCCGAAUGCACUGUAGGUCAGUGUUUCAUCCAGAUCCACAGUCAUUAUGUAUAUUUGUUUGUUCAAUUCCAACCACAGCACACCUGAAUCAACUCAUCAUGUUGAAUAGUUCACUAGUUACAUCAGGUGUGGUAGUGUUGGAGUUCAACAUAUAUGUGGACUAGUUGGGGGUCCAGAGGACCAGUUUGAGAAACAGUCUGCUAUAUGUAAACCUGUGUCACCGGUCUCUAUUUGCCAUGCCACAGGAGGAGGAGAUGCUGUCCAUCCUGGUGCAACACGGCGUCCGCAGCGGCAAGACAGGAACUCUGGGCAUGGAGGUGGACGGCCUGACCUUUCACCCCACACACUCUGACCUCAUCAUAAAGCUCAGGAACCGCACAUCACAGAGAAAGUGAAACUACACCUUACAAACUACCACCUAUGCAAAGUAGUGAACAUACAGUGAGGGAAAAAAGUAUUUGAUCCCCUGCUGAUU